CAUGUCAUGUCAAUUGAUUAGAAUUUUGUAAUUUGUAUUUUUGUACGAUUUUAUAGUGUUUACUAAAAUUGUGAUAAAGUAACAUUUAAAUUUAGCAAAAAAUUGUGAUGACUAUUUUGUAUUAUUGUGUGAGUGAUCUCGGGUGAUAUUGAUGUGUUCACGAUUCAUAAAAUGUUCGCUGAAAAUAGUUUACGAUCUACCAACGUUACCAUGGCAUGCGAUCGGUGACUGGAGCCAAGAAACUUCUUGUGAUAUUACUUAACUUGUGAUAUUAACUAAAUAAUUAUCAUGUGACUUUAUAUGACGAAACUUUAUGUGUAAAGUAACAAAGUGCCUUAGCUCGUCUAACGUUUAAUAUUUUUCUAAAACUUUUGUAUGAAGCAAUAAAGGCACAUGCUGUUCAAUGGAUACCGAAAUAAAAGACAAUACGAAUGUUAAAGUCAAGAAGAACGGACGUAAAAAUGAGAAAAAGAAAAAAAUGGUUAAGCCAGAUACAGACGUGACUGUCGAAGAAGUAUGUCGACAGACGGCAAAUCUGGCAGAAGAGGAAGACAGUGCCUCUGCUACUUCUACUGAUAGCGAAGAUUUAGUAAACGCUAUCAACUACAACACCAUCACAUCGUUAGCAGCUUUAAAAGAUAUAAUACAAGGAGACAAUAAUGAUACCCCAGAGACUGAUAGUUUUUUUCAACAUUACUUUAUGAAUCAUUGUAAUAACCUUUCAAGUCGUAAUACGACUACAAAUUCGCCGUUCCCUUUUCCUGAGAGACGACGAUUGUCUCAAUGUCGCGAAGAAGACGAAGAUGACGAAAAGAAAGACAGUGAUAAGAAAGUAGAGGAAAGUCUUUCUGGAUCUUCUGAGGACAGGACUGGACUUCCAGCAUAUAGUGUGAGUGCAAUGAUAAAAGAUAGGAUAUUGAAUGACUAUGGAAACGAACAAAUUGAGUCUAUCGAGAAAAAAUUACUUCCUAAGUCUAUUCAAGAGCAAGAACCACCGAAGAGAACAGUGAUGGGUGCACGUCACAAGUUUCUCGUGACCACAACGGGGCCCACUCCUGCAGAGCCGGUUGAGCGAGCUUUGCGUUCCCAAGCACAUACUGCACACACUGUUCAUUUUGGAACUAAAGGUGCUGAAGAACAGCGACCGAGUGUAAGAUCUAUUUUUCAAGGACAGAAUCUCCAUCGAGCGAAAAAUUAUUUCGACAGUAGUUUAAUAGAAAUUAGGUCUACAGUAGAUGGCGUACCUGCAAGUGUAGAAGAUAUUUGGGUUAAAAGAACAGAUGAGAAGAAUGAACUUUUACGAGAAGUAUUAGGAAUAACGUCUGCCGAUAACGACAAUGGUCACUUACAAGCCAAUGAACCUGUUGACGAGAAAAAUGAAGCUCCGACUCGGGUGCGCUCUGGGACCUGGGGUUCGCAGGCAACCAGUAAAGAAAAAGAAGUACCGAAGAGUGUACAACCGCGGAAGGAAAAAGAAGUGCAAAGAAGUAACGACGACAGACGGCAGAAGCGAGAACAACGUUUGGAUGUUGCGAUAACUCGCAGCACGCAGUCGGUUGGCGAGAGGAAGAGGCGGAGCUCUGCAGACGAGGGGCAGACACAUCCCAUGUAUCAGCAGACCAUACACGGUACAUCUGGGGUGAGCCGUAGACCCGCGCUCUUCGACUUGUUCAAGUCUCGAUCCCGCGGCGAUUCAAAGAAACAGCCGUCCAUCAUGAAGCAAGUCAGAGCCGCUGUUCAGAGUAUGACGAAAUCGGGUUCGAGUGGUAAAGAUUCGAGCAAGUCAGGCGAUUCGUCGAAGGCGGAUUCAUCUAAAAACGAGACUGCCUCGAGUUCUGGUACUGCGUCAGUGAAGUCAAAGGACGGGUCUGCUCAUCCUCACCCCAGUAGUGAUACCAAGUACUACCAUACUGUAAUGGUACCGGCCUCUCGUCGUCCCAGCGCGAUGGCAAAAGUGAUGGACAUCUUCCGUGGACGAGCUUCUAUUCCCGGUCAAAGCUCAGGAACAGACGCCGCCGAAAGGAGAAAGAGAGCCACAGCACAACAACAGUAUGCUGGAGCUCACCUGAGACGGGCGGCCUCCCAGGAAGCGGAGAAGCGGCGCUCAUCGCUAGGCCACGUGCCUACAAUACGGCAUCGAGCUUCGGAUGCCUUCCUCGACCCUCAUCACGCCGCAAUCCUCUUUAGGGAUUCCAGAGGAUUGCCGGUUGCAGAUCCAUUUUUGGAAAAAGUUAAUCUGUCUGAUUUGGAAGAAGACGAGUCCCAGAUCUUCGUGAAAUUCUUCAAGUUUCACAAGUGUUACGAUUUGAUACCGACUUCAGCCAAAUUGGUGGUGUUUGACACGCAACUGCUGGUGAAGAAAGCAUUCUUUGCUCUGGUGUACAACGGAGUUCGCGCCGCGCCCCUGUGGGACUCGCAGCGCCAGAAGUUCGUGGGCAUGCUGACCAUCACGGACUUCAUAAAGAUCCUGCAGAUGUACUACACCAGCCCUGAUGUAGCCAUGGAGGAACUUGAGGAGCACAGGCUCGAGACAUGGCGACAUGUGCUGAAAGGUUCCGUGAUGCCAUUGGUGUCCAUCGGUCCGGACUCGUCGCUGUUCGACGCCAUACGAAUCCUAAUAACAAACAGGAUCCAUCGUCUGCCUGUUAUUGAUCCCGAUACCGGGAAUGUCCUCUACAUACUCACACACAAGAGGAUUCUGCGCUUCUUGUUCCUAUACAUAAACGAGCUGCCAAAGCCAGCAUACCUGCAGAACAAGCUACGCGACCUCCACAUCGGUACCCUGAAUGAUAUAGAAACAGCUACUGAAGAGACUUCCAUCAUAGAUGCAUUGAAAAAAUUCGUCAACCGACGCGUCUCAGCGCUUCCCCUCAUAGAUUCUGAUGGUCGAUUGAAAGAUAUCUAUGCGAAGUUUGAUGUCAUUAAUUUAGCAGCUGAGAAAACGUACAACAAUUUGGACGUUACGCUAAAGGAAGCGAAUGAGCACCGCAAUGAAUGGUUCGAGGGUGUACAAAAGUGCACCCUCGAUGAGACGCUGUUCGAUGUCAUGGAACGGAUUGUGAGAGCCGAGGUACAUCGUUUAGUAGUUGUGGAUGCAGAAGACAAAGUGAUUGGCAUAAUAUCACUGUCAGAUUUACUUAUGUAUCUAGUGCUGCGUCCGACGGGAGAGUGCGGUGGCGCGAGUUUACGCAACGAGCACGGGCCAAUAGAAGAGAAGGAUGAAGUGGCGAGCGCUGAAAGCGAGUCAGAUACUGAUGCCACCAAUCCUGAUGCUGCACCAGAAACCAGCGAUACCAAGAAGGAAGUUACUCCUGCGGAUGACAACCCUUCUUCGACGGAUGAUCCUCCCGCUUCAACGAGCAAAAUGUCCGUUAGAUUCGUUUCUACGGAUGCAGAUGUUGUACCCGUCGCGGACACACCGAGUGAGUCUUAAGGAUCAAGUGCCCAGAGUGAUCAUGUGAUUCUGCAUGAGAGUAGGUAUUAGUUAGUAUGUAGUUAACGUGGCGUUUAUCAUAAGAAGUUUAAAGCUAAAUAGUGCGUAGAGAUUUGCCAAUAAAUUUGGCCUUUCAUGUUUCAUAUAGGGCCCAGCAAUUGUAUAUUUAAUAAAGAUUUCAGAAUGUAAUAAAUGAAAAUAUAUAAUCGGGAUUGUCUAUGCUAUAAUUAAUAUAUGUUUUACGCAGAUAUUUAAUAUUAUGUGUAUUUAUAUAUAACUGUAAGUUUAAAAUAUUGUUACAUAAACUGUGAACUCAGUUAAAACUAAAUAACUAUAUUCUUCCUAACUAUAAGACUUCCUAUUCUUGUAUCAUCAAGAAAUAUGUUACAUACAUAUGUCUAGAAUGCAUUAUUUCUGUUCGUAUUUCUUUUAAUUAAAUAUCUAGUACUUACGAUAGUUCCUCAUGUUUUUUUUAAAAUAAUAGACGGUAAUUUCUAAACGAAUACACCACAAAAUAUUAUAUAUUUAACAGAUUUUACAAAUAUUUAAUUCUGAAUUUAU